AUGCCCGACUCAUUAGCCCCUUUCCAGGUCCUUUCCGAUGAUAAUCGUGGCCCACUUGUUACCCUUGUGUCUGUGGCCUUCCUGAUCGCUACGAUCAUCUUUGUCGUGGCAAAAUUUGUGUCCACAAUAUACUUCAAGCAGCGGCAGACAAUUGUUAAUACGCCGAUAUGGAUAGGUGUGAUAUUAGCAAUUAUCCAAGUGGUGCUUAUGCAAAAAGCUGUGGAUCACGGAUUGGGAAGACAUGUCUCUACCCUCAAGACACCUGCCCUCCACCAAGCGAGCAAAUUUUUCUACGCUGCACAAUUAAUCCAGAUCGUGAUCCUCUCGUUAUCAAAAACUUCCACAACUCUUUUAGUAUGGAAACUGACGCCUAACAAUCACAUUCGCCGGGCUUGCACCAUCACCAUUGGCCUGACUACUGCAUGGACCAUAUUCGCGCUGUUUGGAAUUGCUUUCCAAUGUGAAAUGCCACGACCAUGGCUCUACGACCCUGAUAGAUGUGGCGGAGAGGGCGUCAUUGUCUAUCCGAUCUCGGCGUUUCACAUCCUUCUUGAAAUAGUCAUCAUUGUUAUACCCUUCUUCAUGAUGCGUGACGUUCAAAUGGCGUGGCAAAAGAGACUGAAAAUUCUUUGCUCUUUCUCAGCGCGGUUUCUUAUUGUCUGUCUCGCGAUCUCGCAACUUGUUCUUCUACCGUAUUUUCUACAAUCAUCCGACCCUACUUGGGACAUCAUCUCUCCAGCCAUCUGCGGUCAAGUCAUGAUGUGCGUAACCAUUACCAUCGCCUGCCUCCCUACCCUCUACCACAUCUUCGCCGGCCUACAUUCCGGACUUAUUACAACCCGACUCCCCGAUGAGGUCGAGCUCUCGCACCCGAAAGGAAGCGCAUACAUCAACGAAUCCACGAUCAGCGGCAGCAGAGCACGAGAGAACUAUAUCUAUACGGGGUCAAAGCAUCGCAGUUUCCUCGACGCCAGGAGUUUGAGGAAUACAAAUUCGGCCAUAAUCACCGACAUAAGUACAUCUGGCCAUCAGGAGCGGAAUGGACAAGAGACGAUGUGGCGAUCCAGCGCCAGCGAGAGCACCGAGAGCACCCGACAUUUGACCGAAGAGGCCAGGCCCGGCGGCGUACUUAAGACGGUGGAUUUUACGGUGGAGGUGGAGGAGCAUCGAUCGGACGAGCAGGGUUCUUUGUCCACUCGCUAA